CAAUUCACAAUCUCACAAUCUUCAAACUUCUCUAGCACCUUCCUCUUCUACUGUAUUUUCCCAGAACUCUCUUCUUCGUGAUUCUGAACUUGUUCGAAAAUGCGGAUGAGCUGUAAUGGAUGCCGAGUUUUGAGAAAAGGUUGCAGUGAGAAUUGCAGUAUCAGGCCUUGUUUGCAGUGGAUUAAAAGCCCAGAGUCUCAGGCAAAUGCUACUGUGUUUCUCGCCAAGUUCUACGGCCGUGCUGGGCUCAUGAACCUCAUCAACGCUGGUCCUGAACACCUUCGUCCUGCUAUUUUUCGGUCCUUGCUAUACGAGGCAUGCGGGCGGAUAGUGAACCCGAUUUAUGGGUCCGUCGGGUUGUUAUGGUCCGGGAGCUGGCAGCUCUGUCAGGCCGCCGUGGAAGCCGUCUUGAAGGGCGCGCCGAUCACUCCGAUCACCUCAGAGGCGGCCACCAAUGGGAGGGGCCCGCCUCUCAAGGCUUACGACAUACGCCACGUGUCCAAGGACGAGAACUCGGCCGCGUCAAACGAUGCUCAACGAGUCGUCAAGACUCGCUCGAGGUUCAAGCGCUCUGUCGGCGGCGGCGUCAAGCCGAAAGCCAACAACAACAAAGCAGUAACCGGCUCGUUGUUCGUUGAGCCCGCUCCAGCACGUGACGGCGCUCAAGCAACUACUCCAAUCAGUUCGUGGACCGCGUGUUGCGCCACCAAAGCGGUUGUGAACCGGUCGGGGAGUCAUGAGUCAUCGCUGAGCCAUCAGUCGGAGGCAGUGAACGAAAGCAAAGAGAGCGAGAGCAUGAUCUCCGUGGAGACCGCGGAGACGUCAAUCCUCUUCCGAGACGAGCCGGAAUCAACCCGGAAAGCCAGCGACCGAACUGUCGAUGAAACGGCCGAUAUAGGAUUAGAGUUGACACUAGGGUUCGAACCGGUGUCACGUGCCAAUCACGUAGUACCGGUGAAGAAGAGGAGGAUCGAGUUCAAGGAUAGUGAGAAUUGGUCAUCUUGCAAAAUGGACCUUGGACUUGAAUUCUCGGGUUGAAAUGAUCAAUAAUCUUUUAGUCCAGUUUUGUCUUAAUCGGCUCUUGAGUGUGUUUACCUUAGAGAAGAGAAAAGUUAAUCGUGUUUUCUGGUCUUUUUUUUUUUUUUUGGCCCAGUGAUGUACAAAAAUGGUGGUGAUGUAGAGAGAAAAAGGAAAGGACAGUGGAAGAGGGACUGAAUUGAAAAUGAAAUCUCUUUGUUUUCUCGUGUAA